CAUUCUAUAUCAUCAGCCAACCCUAACAAUAUUAUUCUCUCUCUCUCUCUCUCUCUCUUCAAUAUUCGUUCCUUUCGGCUAUCUUAGCGUUCAAUCUUCCUAAACAUCGCGUAAUAAUUGUUUGUUUCCGUAACUCUAUACAUAAUUAGGAGAGGCCUGAUUAGUUAACGGAGAAUGAAGAAUUCAAGAACCAGCAAUUAUGACAUGGCGACGGAUUCCAACGUCGUCCUGAAGAAGAAAGAAACGGUUGGCGAAACAUUGCAGACUCAUGAUGGUCAAGAAGAAUAUUCUUUUCGCCUCAGCAGCACGUCGGAGGCCGGCCCCGCUAACCAUGACCGCCCGCCGCCUCCCUCAGGCUCUAGCUCCCCCUACAACAGCGCCGUGUGGGAGGAACCGCAGGCAUCUUCAACCCAGACAUGGGACCCGCCUUCCUCGCCGUUGUCGAAAUCUCCGUGGUCCUCUCACGUGGCGCCUGAAUCGUCGUAUACGUACACAGGCCUGAUGGGGUCCCUUGUCCGCGAAGAAGGGCACAUUUAUUCAUUAGCAGCUUCCGGGGAUUUGCUGUACACGGGCUCAGACAGCAAGAACAUCAGGGUAUGGAAAAACCAGAAAGAAUUCUCCGGGUUCAAAUCUAACUCCGGAUUGGUUAAAGCCAUUAUCAUUGCGGGUGAACGGAUUUUCACCGGCCAUCAGGACGGAAAAAUCCGGGUCUGGAAGAUCUCCGGAAAGGAUCCAAGCGUUCACAAGCGCAUCGGAACAUUGCCAACUUUCACGGCCAAAAUAAAAAGCUCGUUCAAUCCCAACAAGUAUGUUGAGGUCAAGAAGAAUCAGAAUGCAAUCUGGAUCAAACACGUUGACGCCAUUUCAUCUCUCAGUUUGAGCGAGGAUAAAUCCCUGUUAUACUCAGCUUCGUGGGAUAAAACGAUUAAGGUCUGGCGAAUUUCAGAUUCAAAGUGCCUGGAAUCAAUCAACGCGCAUGACGAUGCUGUAAAUUCAGUCAUCGCCGGCUUUGAUGGACUGGUAUUCACCGGCUCAGCCGACGGAACCAUCAAAGUUUGGCGAAGAGAACUGCAAGGGAAGGGAACAAAGCAUUUCUUUUCACAGACAUUGUUAAAGCAAGAAUGUGCAGUAACAGCCCUAGCUCUCGACCCUUAUGCCACAGUUUUAUAUGGCGGAUCAUCAGACGGGCUAGUUAACUUCUGGGAACGCGCCAAGUUUCUUUCUCACGGGGGAGUUUUGAGGGGCCACAAGCUUGCAGUACUGUGUUUGGCCACGUCAGGAAAUUUAGUGCUCAGCGGAUCGGCGGACACCAAUAUUUGCGUGUGGAGACGGGAAGAAGAGGAGCAUUCUUGUUUAUCAGUGCUGACCGGGCACACUGGGCCGGUCAAGUGUUUGGCAGUCGAAGAGGAUCGUAAAGGGACUGAUGUAGGAGGCGGUGACAGGCAGUACACGGCAUAUAGCGGCAGCCUGGACAAGUCCGUGAAGAUAUGGAGGGUCUCUGCACAGCCGUGGGAGCCGACUCCACCAGAUGCACCACCGCAGCCGCAGCAGCAGCAUCAAGUCGAGAGCCAGAACCUACAUCAAAGAAUUCCGUCGGUUCAGAGCUUCUCAUCGUCAGUAGGUAGAGGGAAGGUGAGCCAAAGGAGAAAGUAGCAGUAAAGAGUAAAUACCUGGUAAUUGGCAAGAAAUAUCUGCUAAUUAUUUUACAAGUAGAUCAUGAGUUAAUCAGUAGAGAAUUGUUUUUAACAUGUCAGAUUUUGCUUUAGAUCACCAUCUCAUCUGUAAAAUAUUAAUCUAGCCAAAUCGGGUUUAACCGAACCUACGACGAGUGCAAUGCCACUAUUUAUUGAUGUACAAUUAUAUUUUUCUGUGAUUGGUUUGAUUAAUUUAGUUCAAUUAAACCUGAUUAGGAUAUAAAAUUUU